GUAUGUUCAUGACGGAACUCUGUUGGACCUUGAUGAAAAGGCCUGGGACUUUUCUUUCAAUGUGAAUGUCAAAAGCCUCUAUUUCAUGUGUUCGCAGUUUAUUCCCAAGUUCAUUGAGCAAGGUACAGGGGGCAGUGUUGUUAACAUGGCAUCUGUUGUCUCUAGUAUUAAAGCUGCACAAAACCGAUGUGUUUACGCCGCAACCAAGGCAGCAGUUAUUGGUCUUACCAAGUCAAUGGCACUUGAUUUUGUGGGACAUAAGAUACGCUUUAACAGCGUAUGUCCAGGCACUGUAGAUACACCGUCACUGCGGGGUAGAGCUGCUGCUCGAGGGGAUCCAGAAAAGGCCCUUGAAGAGUUUAAGUCACGUCAGAGACUUGGCCGCUUGGCAGAGGCAGAUGAAAUUGCCUAUCUGGUAAUUUAUCUGGCAUCCGAUGAGUCAAAUUUUGUGACCGGACAAGAGUUCAUCAUUGACGGAGGUUGGAGUAUGUAA